CCUCCCCAUAUAUUACAUCCUUCCUUUUCACUCUCUCUUUCUCUUUCUACACUUCUAAUAUGGCUAUUAAUCACACUUAUUUUCAUCUUUUUCUUGUGGUUUUUGCUGCCUUUACAUCACACUCUUCACAUGCUUAUCAAUUGAUUGUUGGAGGCAAGGAUGGAUGGGUGAUAAACCCUUCUGAAAACUACAAUCAUUGGGCUGGACGGCUGAGAUUUCAAGUCAAUGACACCCUCUUAUUCAAAUACAACAAGGGAUCAGACUCUGUCCUGGUGGUGAACAAUCAAGACUACGACAGCUGCAACACUGCAAAUCCUAUACUGAGACUGGACGACGGGAAUUCAGUCUUCAAGUUUGAUCGCUCCGGCCCUUUCUUUUUCAUCAGCGGCAACAAAUCCAACUGCGACAAAGGCCAAAAGCUGAUCAUCGUGGUGUUAGCCGUCAGGAACCGCCGCUCUUCGCCAAGAGCCCCGUCACCUUCGCCGGCGGAAACCCCCGCUACGCGGACUAGCCCGCCAUCAUCUACAUCUCCACCGGGUGUUCAGGCUCCUGCACCGGCAGCCAGCGACGGAGAUGCUGGUGAUGGGACUAACGCAGCCGGGCAUCCACCGCCGCGGUCGUACGCAACGCCUGCAUGCGCUCCUUCGUUUGUCUUGAUGUCAACAGUUUCGUUUGUUUUAAGUGCGUGUUUGGGUGGCUUUAUUGCUGCUACUUAAAUGCUAUCUUAAUUAGGUUAUUCGAAAUUUCCAUUUUAUUUAAAUUUUUUGUUGAAAUAUUGUUUGUCACUGGUUGAGAAUGAAUCGGAAUUUAUG